AUGUCUUUAGUCGAUAUCCUACUCAGACCCAAUAUGCGGGACCCGCUUCCUGCGCCCUCGCUGCUCGUGCAGUCUAGCAAGUCGUUCGCCGACAAGCUGAGCCUGACGACGCUUCCGUACCACGUCCACGAGAUUCUCCUCGGCUUCCUGGGCUACCAUCUCAUCCUCCAUGUCCUGUCUCCGGCCGUUUCGCGACUCGUCUGCCCGAAUGUAUACAAGAGCUUCAACAAGCGCACGCGACUCAACUGGGACAUCCACUGGGUCUCUAUGAUCCAAGCGCUAUUCAUCUGCGCCGCUGCGCUGUGGGUCAUCUUCAAGGAUGAGCAGAGACACGAGAUGGACUGGAGGGGCAGACUGUGGGGAUAUACGCCAGCUAGCGGUAUGGUGCAGGGAUUCGCAGCUGGGUACUUCCUAUGGGAUCUCCAAGUGUCCGCGCAAUACAUCAACAUUGCUGGCAAACCCUUCGGAAACUACUAUGGCCUAUCCUUCGUCCUCUACGAACUCUCCACCCCGUUCCUCAACGUCCACUGGUUUUGCGACAAGCUCGGAAUGACUGGCUCAAAGCUCCAGCUCUACAACGGCAUCGCCCUCCUCGUUACCUUCUUCGGCUGUCGCAUCGUCUGGGGUUCAUACCAGUCUGUCAUGAUCUACUCGGACAUCUACAAGGCGCUCACUAUGCCCAAGCCCGAACUCAUGAGCUCUCUGCUCGAGGCCCAGAAGUGCGACGGAACCUCCAACAGCAGCAUGGGUCUCGAUGGACCUGGAAACUGCACAGCUGGCGAGCUGCCCAUGUGGCUGGUCUGUGUAUACUUGGUGGGCAACACGGCGUUGAGCAUGCUCAACUUCUUCUGGUUCUCGCAGAUGAUCAAGGCUGUUAGGAAGAGGUUUGUACCUGCCGAGGAGACCAAGGCCAAGAAGAGCCAAUAA